AUGAUUUCACCUAAACAAUCGGCGGUAUUCCACGCACAAGAUCCGGUGUGGAAUGGAGACCUCAACGCUUGCGCCUUGGCCGACUGCGACAAGGCCAUCCUUCGCGAGUUCUGGACCACGCUUGACAAUGACCAGAUGCAAUACUGCAGUAGAUGCCAAGAGCGCUGGUUCAUCAUAUGCUACGCAAUUACCGUGCACAAGUCACAAAGCAUCCCCGAAGACAUGAUAGUUACAGAUCUGUCCUGCCGGGACUUUCAGACUGGUUUAAGCUACGUGGCUGUCUCUCGCGUGAAAACGCUCGAGGGUCUGAUGUUGGAUGCACCAUUUGAUCGUAAUCACCUGGUCUACGGGUCUCCCCCGGAUGGCAUAAAGAUGAAGAUGAGGGAUCAGGAGCUUAGGAAACGAUAG